AGUAUGCCAUCAGAAAGCCGAAAAGGGACUGUUCUACGACAGCCUCCGGCAUGAUUGUAAUCUGUAUCCUAAUGAGCCAACCAGGAUUAAGCAAAAGAAGAUGACCACGUUCUUCGCCCUGUUCGGCGUAGCAUGGUGCUUAAGAGCGGCAUUGAGCUUCACUGCUAUAGACGUCACAAUGCUACAUUCCCGGGCAACUUCCACGACCUGGCUUGCCCAAGGCAUCUCUUCCGGCCUUGCUGGUGCCGGCGUCCCUGGUAGCCAGGAGCCUCGCUCCGUCCUCGCUUGUCGAACCAAGGCUCAUCCGAUAUUAGAUAGCCGCCAUGUUCCAUUCCGUGUUUGCGGAAUAAUGUGUCUCGCGCGCAAGGGAUCAAUGGCAGGGUUGGCAGGCCACGGCACUCUAUAUUGCUGCAGCUCCUGCCGUCACACGUGCGAGUAUAUAAGAUGAAUCUUCUCAAAUCCCAUCGGCUGUUCUCGGGCCCGGUCGCUUGUCGCCAUUGUUAAGAGUUGUCCGUUGAAUCCCGGGUCUAAAAUGCAGCUUCUCCAAAGUGUAGCGCGCGUAGCUGCCAUUCUCGGCCUCGGUGA